UCAGGCGGCGCUCUCUUGGCGGUGGCCGGGCCCGAUCUGCGCCGCUGUCUCCCCCUCAUCUCCCCGGAGCCCGGGAUCGCACAGUCCGGGAGAGGAGCCCGGCAGCCGGCCGCCUACAUCCGCAGCUUGGGGUCUGAUGCGGCAGGCCGGGCCCGCGGUUAUGACGAUGUCACAGAACGUUUCAAGACUUUUGGCAUUUGUGACCUCUCAGACUGACAGAGAGCUGUGCCGACCCUCAGCUGCAAUGAUCUAAGUCACUGGACGAUAGAAGACCCUCAGCAUGGCUGGCCUGCAGCUCCUCACCCCGGCCUCCUCACCCAUGGGCCCUUUCUUUGGACUGCCCUGGCAGCAGGAGGCAAUUCAUGAUAAUAUAUACACCCCUAGGAAGUAUCAGGUGGAGUUGCUGGAAGCAGCUUUGGACCACAAUACAAUAGUAUGUCUGAACUCGGGCUCAGGGAAGACGUUCAUCGCUGUACUACUUACUAAAGAGCUGUCCUAUCAGAUCCGGGGGGCCUUCAAUAAUGCCGCCAAGAGAACCGUGUUCCUCGUCAAUUCUGCAAAACAAGUUACCCAGCAAGUGUCUGCCGUUCGCACUCACUCGGAUCUGAAGGUCGGGGAAUAUUCCAGUUUAGAAGCCGUGGAAAGUUUGUCGCAGGAGAAAUGGAACGAAGAGUUUGCGACUCAUCAGAUUCUGGUGAUGACUUGUCACAUCUUCCUCCACGUCCUGAAGAGCGAGAGCCUGUCCUUAUCCAAGAUCAACCUCCUGGUGUUCGACGAGUGCCACCUCGCCAUCGAGGAUCACCCCUAUCGUGAUAUCAUGAAGAUCUGUGAAGGUUGCCAGACAUGUCCGCGGAUCUUGGGACUGACCGCCUCCAUACUAAACGGGAAAUGUGACCCCCGCGACCUUAAAGAGAAGAUCCAGAAACUGGAGGAAAUUCUGAAGAGCAACGCUGAAACGGCGACCGAUCUGGUGGUUCUAGACAGGUACGCCUCGCAGCCCUGUGAGAUUGUUCUGGACUGUGGCCACUAUCACGACAGAAGCGGACUCUACCAGAAGCUCCUAUCUGAACUGGAAGACGCUCUGGACUUCCUGAAGGACUGCAACGUUCCCAUCGUUUCUAAAGAGAGAGAUUCGACAUCCAUCUCCAAGCAGAUUCUCUCGGACUGCCGGGCGGUUCUGCUCGUCCUGGGUCCGUGGUGUGCUGAUAAAGUUGCCGGGAUGAUGGUGAGGGAACUGCAGAAAUAUAUUAAACACGAGCAAGAAGAGCUGCACCGGAAAUUCCUGCUGUUCACAGACACCAUCCUGCGGAAGAUCCACGCCCUGUGCGAGGAGCACUUUUCUCCCGCCUCCCUCGACUUGAAAUUCGUUACCCCCAAAGUCAUCAAGCUUCUGGAGAUCCUGCGCAAGUACAAGCCCUAUGAGCGGCAGCAGUUCGAGAGUGUGGAAUGGUACAACAACCGCAAUCAGGACAACUACGUGUCGUGGAGCGACUCCGAGGACGACGACGAUGAGGACGAGGAGAUAGAGGAGAAAGAGAAGACUGAGACCAGCUUCCCCUCACCAUUUACCAACAUCUUGUGCGGGAUCAUCUUUGUGGAGAGACGAUACACGGCAGUCGUUUUAAAUAGGUUGAUUAAGGAGGCCGGGAAGCAGGACCCCGAGCUGGCUUACAUUAGCAGCAACUUCAUAACUGGACACGGCAUCGGAAAGAACCAGCCCCGAAACAAGCAGAUGGAAGUGGAGUUCAGAAAACAGGAGGAGGUUCUUCGGAAGUUCCGCGCUCAUGAAACAAACCUGCUCAUCGCCACCAGCAUCGUGGAGGAGGGUGUGGACAUCCCAAAAUGCAACUUGGUGGUGCGCUUUGACCUGCCAACAGAGUACAGGUCUUACGUUCAAUCCAAAGGUCGAGCCCGGGCCCCCAUCUCAAACUACAUCAUGUUGGCAGACACGGACAGAAUAAACGGAUUCGAAGAGGAUCUGAAAACCUAUAAAGCCAUUGAGAAGAUCUUGCGGAAUAAAUGCUCCAAGUCCAUGGAUUGUGGGGACACUGAGUCUGACUCCAUUGUGGAUGAUGACGGCAUCUUUCCUCCAUAUGUGUUGCGGCAAGAUGACGGCAGCCCGAGGGUCACCUUAAACAACGCCAUUGGUCACAUUAAUCGGUAUUGUGCCCGGCUGCCCAGUGACCCGUUCACUCACCUCGCUCCAAAAUGUAAAUCCAGAGAGGUGUCCAGUGGUCUUUACCAGUCUACCCUCUACCUGCCAAUCAACUCCCCGCUCAGAGCGCCCAUUGUUGGCCCAUCCAUGAGCUGUGCCAGGCUCUCUGAACGAGCGGUGGCUCUCAUAUGCUGCAAGAUGCUGCACCAGAUCGGUGAACUGGAUGACCAUUUAAUGCCAGUUGGCAAGGAAACUGUUAAGUACGAGGAGGAGCUCGACCUACAUGAUGAGGAAGAGACCAGCGUCCCUGGCCGCCCAGGCUCGACCAAGAGAAGGCAGUGCUACCCUAAAGCGAUCCCAGAGUGCCUGCGGAACAGCUAUCCGAAGCCCGGGCAGCCAUGCUACCUGUAUGUGAUAGGAAUGGUAUUGACAACCCCUCUACCAGAUGAACUGAACUUCAGGAGGCGGAAGCUCUACCCUCCCGAAGACACAGCCCGAUGCUUCGGCAUCCUGACUGCCAAACCCAUACCUCAGAUCCCACACUUCCCGGUCUACACCCGUUCUGGAGAAGUGACCAUAUUGAUUGAGCUGAAGAAGUCGGGAUUUACCUUGACUUUACAGCAACUUGAGCUCAUCACCCGGCUGCACCAGUACAUAUUCUCGCACAUCCUUCGUCUUGAGAAACCUGCACUAGAAUUCAAGCCCACAGCAGCCGAUGCGGCUUACUGUGUUCUACCUCUCAAUGUUGUUAAUGACUGCGGCACUUUGGACAUAGAUUUUACGUUUGUGGAAGAUAUUGAGAAAUCAGAAGCUCGUACUGGCAUUCCUAGUACUCAGUACUCAGCUGAGAAACCUUUUGUAUUCAAGCUGGAAGACUACCAGGAUGCAGUGAUCAUUCCAAGAUAUCGCAAUUUUGACCAGCCUCAUCGAUUUUACGUUGCUGAUGUAUACACUGACCUGACCCCGCUCAGUAAAUUCCCUUCCCCAGAAUAUGAAACGUUCGCUGAAUAUUAUAAAACGAAGUACAACCUCGACUUGACUAACCUCAACCAGCCACUGUUGGAUGUCGACCACACCUCGUCACGGCUUAACCUGCUGACUCCACGGCACCUGAACCAGAAGGGGAAAGCUCUUCCUUUAAGCAGCGCAGAGAAACGAAAAGCCAAGUGGGAAAGUUUACAGAACAAGCAGAUUCUGGUUCCAGAACUUUGUGCGAUCCAUCCCAUCCCUGCGUCCUUGUGGAGGAAGGCGGUGUGCCUGCCAAGCAUUCUGUAUCGCCUGCAUUGUCUCCUGACAGCCGAGGAGCUGAGAGCCCAGACAGCAAUCGAUGCAGGCGUUGGAGUGAAAUCCCUUCCUGAGGAUUUCCGAUAUCCCAACUUAGAUUUUGGGUGGAAAAGGUCUAUCGAUAGUAAAACCUUCAUCUCGAGCCUCAACCCCUCGGCAUCCGACCCGGAUUGUAAACUGGGUGCAGCUGCAAUGCCUGACCAUGGUGCCAAACCGGGGGCACCCGCGGAAAAUCAGGACCAAAUGUCUGUGAACUGCACAGCGCCAUGUCCGCAUUCUCCUAGUGUCCCCCAGGCGGCUCGCGCGUCAGACGAUGGCAAAGUGUUCGAUGGCGUCUGCCAUAACGGUCUUACUAAUGGCGACGUUUGCCCCGAGAGUCAGUCGACUUGCUGCAAGCAACUACCUGUUCAAUCCUCUACCUCAUUACCCCUAGAGAAUAUACCUAACGAGAACCAGCCCACCGCCAACAGUGAAUGUACUGUGAGUGACAGUAACGCUACCAAACCUACCUCAGGUGGGAGCCCCGGCCCCGCGGCCAGCGCAGUAGGUGAAAAGUGCGAACACGGGACUCCCAACGGGUACUCCUCAAAGACUCUCGGGCCAAACCCUGGUCUUAUCCUGCAGGCUUUGACCUUGUCCAAUGCUAGCGAUGGAUUUAAUCUGGAGCGGCUUGAAAUGUUGGGGGACUCCUUUCUGAAACACGCCAUCACCACCUACCUAUUCUGCACUUACCCCGAUGCUCACGAGGGUCGUCUGUCUUAUAUGAGAAGCAAGAAGGUCAGUAACUGUAACCUGUACCGUCUCGGGAAGAAGAAAGGCUCGCCAAGCCGCAUGGUCGUCUCCAUAUUCGAUCCACCCGUGAACUGGCUCCCUCCUGGAUAUAUUGUGAACCAGGAUAAAAGUUGCUCUGAGAAGUGGGAAAGUAAUGAAACUGCCAGCGAUGGUGUAACUGCUAAUGGCAAGAUGGAUGAUGACUUUGACGAUGAAGAGGAUGAAGAUCUGAUGUGGAGGAACCCUAAGGAGGAAGCUGAGUUUGACGACGACUUUCUGGAGUAUGACCAAGAGCACAUAAAAUUCAUUGAUAGCAUGUUAAUGGGAUCAGGAGCCUUUGUAAAGAAGAUUCCGCUUUCAACCUUCUCCGCUCCUGACCCAAGUUUUGAGUGGAGAGCACCAAAGAAAAGCUCCAUGGAUCAUUGUCAGUUCUCGCCCGAUCUCGAUGACUUUGAUUACAGCUCGUGGGACGCCAUGUGUUACCUGGAUCCCAGCAAGGCUGUAGAAGAAGACGACUUUGUGGUGGGUUUUUGGAACCCAUCAGAAGAAAACUGUGGAGUAGAUGCCGGGAAGCAGUCCAUCUCUUAUGACCUCCACACUGAGCAGUGUAUCGCAGAUAAGAGUAUAGCGGAUUGUGUGGAAGCCUUGUUGGGCUGCUACUUGACGAGCUGCGGUGAGCGGGCCGCCCAACUCUUCCUCUGUUCUCUCGGCUUGAAAGUUCUCCCUGAGAUUAACAAACAGGAGAACGGUGUUAACUUGAGCAAACGUAACAGCAAGACAACUUCUGACCUUUCAACCUGCAAAGGGGUGGAGUACGGUUACUUGCAGAUACCCCCCAGAUGCAUGUUUGACCACCCAGAUGCAGAAAAAACUCUUGAUCACCUGAUAUCUGGAUUUGAAAAUUUUGAGAAGAGAAUUAACUAUCCAUUUAAGAAUAAAGCUUACCUCCUUCAAGCCUUUACUCACGCCUCCUACCACUACAAUACCAUAACUGACUGCUACCAGCGCUUAGAAUUCCUCGGAGAUGCAAUUUUGGACUACCUCAUUACUAAGCACCUUUACGAAGACCCCCGCCAGCACUCCCCGGGAGUUCUCACUGACCUGCGCUCGGCUCUAGUCAACAACACCAUCUUCGCGUCGCUGGCUGUGAAGUACGACUACCACAAAUACUUCAAGGCCGUCUCUCCAGAAUUGUUCCACGUCAUAGACGACUUUGUGCAGUUUCAACUGGAGAAGAACGAGAUGCAGGGGAUGGACUCGGAGCUGAGAAGAUCGGAGGAGGAUGAGGAGAAAGAAGAAGACAUUGAGGUGCCGAAGGCCAUGGGUGACAUCUUUGAGUCUCUGGCUGGAGCUAUUUAUAUGGACAGUGGGAUGUCUCUGGAAACCGUAUGGCAGGUGUAUUACCCGAUGAUGAGACCAUUAAUAGAAAAAUUUUCAGCUAAUGUUCCCCGAUCCCCUGUGCGAGAAUUGUUGGAAAUGGAGCCGGAGACGGCCAAAUUCAGCCCGGCCGAGAGGACGUACGACGGCAAAGUUCGUGUCACCGUGGAAGUGGUAGGCAAAGGCAAAUUCAAAGGGGUUGGCAGGAGUUACAGAAUUGCCAAAUCGGCAGCUGCUAGACGAGCCCUCAGAAGCCUCAAAGCAAAUCAACCUCAGGUCGCGAGCAGCUGAGAAAUCUCGUCGCCCACUGCCAACGCCCAUCCGGAAAACAGAUAACAAUGUAAUGACAUCCAGACGAACCAAUCACCGAUUGAAUGAUAUCAACUGGCCUUGUGGGACGCACCCCCCUUCCGCCCCUCCUGUCUGAUCCUCUUUGCAGGCACACCCUUUCAGUGCAUUGUGGGAAAAGAUAAUGGCAUCAGGUCACCUAUCCUGCCAUCUGUCUAAUCACGAGAGCGCUGUAGCUAGGACAUCGCCAGUUGUGAAUCCGGUCUCCAUCUUGUCUUAGAACGUUCCAUUUUAGGGGAGGAUAGGGGCCAGGGUCAGAUUUUUGGGUUCUUGAGGGGGCAGGGGGGGGAGAAAAAGUUUAGGUAGCCGAGAAUGAAAUCUAUAUAUGUUCACAUACGUCAAAUAUUUAAUUCACUUAUUGAGGGCUGUUUUUCUUUUUCUCAUUUUUUUUUGGAGGGGGAGGGGUGUUGCAGAAUUUAUAUUGGGUUAACUGGCCUGUCGGGAAUUCCCAGUUUUUCCUCACUGUGUCAUGCAAGAACACCCGUAACAUUUACAAUAUACAUUGCACUUCUAGUGACACCGCUGUGUCGAGGAGCGAGUGAAAGGAUGAGAGUUACAAAUGGUUUUUGUUUUGUUUUUUUCCCCCCCAAAAAAAAAAAUUUUUGCAAAAAUUUCCCACUGCCUUAUUAUAGACGCAAGACCUUUGUGGCAUUCGUACGGAUCUAGUCAUUUCUGGGUUUAAUGCACAUGCAGUAAUUACUCCUGUCAAAUUGAUUUUUUUUCUUCCACCCCCCAAUGGAAAUGUGGAAAAAAAAUAAAAAUAGUCACAAAAUUAUUUUUUUGUCAAGUGUUGAGCCGGGGCAGACAUUGGAACACAAAACAAAAAUAUUCCUCCGGAUGGACCUCCCGACCUUCGACAUCUUCAGAUGACUGCUGCACAUACCGAGACGCGUCGGGCGUCACAAUGUAACCUAUCCGAAGAGCCUCCUCGCCCGUCUCCGCUUUCUUAGGAUGCCACCACCAUCUAAUUGGUUACCAAAAUUUUAUAGGAUUUUGCCGAAAAAAAUCCAAAAUGUGACCGGAAUGAGACGCCGUGACCCUUUGUGUUCUGUGAUUUUUUUUAUCGAAGUGAUUUUGUCAUUUUAGUUUGGGCGUCAUGGGUAAGGGGGAGGGGUUUGUAGUAUGUCUAGUGUUUUCUGUGUCCACCCGCAUACCCCCCUUUUUGUCUUAUGGGUCGGGGGUUUCGCCUAAAUUUUUAGUCUACGUAGGCAGUCUUUACUUGAAUACCUCAUUUAUCUUUUCUUUUUUUUUUUUUCCUCCUGCAUGCUUUUCUCUUUAUUUUUUUCUUUUUUUUUGUCUUGGUGCUAUGUUUAUGUAUUAAGCUUGAAAUGCAUAUUUUUUUUAUUUGCACUGUAACUGUAUUACCUCCUUAAUUUACGUGUUUCUUGUGUUUCUUUAAAAAAAAAAAAUUGUGGGGUGUUUAGGGGCUUUCGACCACAGUCAAAUUGUCAGAGGUUUGCUGCAAUUGCUUUUGCUUUACUGAUGUUUCAAGCCACAAAAUCAUGUUUUUUGCAUAGGUUAAGGCCGGGAAGGGGAGACGUAUCUGAUAACUUUCAGUUUUCAACAUAGAAUAUUUUUGCUUUUCAUUUUGGAUUUUUAAAAAUGUUUAAUCUAGCAUGGUGUCACGCUUUCUAAAAAAGUCGGAAAUGUUGAUUGCUGCCUUCUGUUUCCUCCUCCUCUGUCCCUCUUCCAUCAUGUCACCCUUGUUCUUCAAUUCGGUAACUUUUUUAUUUUUUUUGGCUGCCGAUUGUCAGACCAAAACAUUUUUUGUUUUUUAAUUAGUUUUUUUUUUGUAAUUCACCUGUUUGCCAAGGGUUGAACAUAUUUCUGUAUCGACCACCGGUUUAUUUACCCCAGACCGAUAAUCUAAAAAUGUCGUUUGUAAUUUUUUGUAUUUUUGAGAUCCCAGGUUUUUCUCUCUGGAUGCUCUUUGAGAAUUUUUACAUUGCAUUAAACACCUUGUAUACAUUCAUCCUUUCCAACCAUAAUCACAAAGGGCUUGAAGAUUUUAUUCAAAAAUUUUCAAACAAAGUUUAUUUUUAAGGAUAAGGACAUAUUUUUUUUUAUUUUUUUUUAAAGAUUUUACCCAAAGUGCCAAAAUUGAAGACCUCUUCAUACGUAGUAUGCAAUUUUUUUUGUUCUAUUACAGAAAAUGUCUACCCCUCGAAAGGAAAAAAUGUAUAGUUUCCCAGAAGUGUUCCGUUUUGCAGAGCAAUCCUUAAUAAUAACUUUCAUCAGUUAAAAAAUUCCCACAAAAAAUGAAGGGGAAAAAAAAGCUACUGUGUAAAAUAAAGGUGUAACAGAUAUUUCACUAUAAUACAAAAGGAAAAUGAAA